UCGCGCCCUCGCUCGCGCCCCCGCCCGUCGCCCGCGCCAGCCAGGCAUGAAUGUUGAGACUUGCGUCUCUUACUGCGAGUCGCCGGCCACUGCCAUGGACGCCUACUACAGCCCGGUGUCGCAGAGCCGGGAGGGCUCGUCGCCUUUUAGGGCGUUCCCCAGCGGCGACAAGUUCGGCACAACUUUCCUGUCGGCCGCUGCCAAAGGACAGGGAUUCGCGGACGCCAAAAGCCGGGCCCGCUACGGCGCGGGGCAGCAGGACCUGGCGGCACCCCUGGAGAGUGGCGCUGGGGCUCGGGGCUCCUUUAACAAGUUCCAGCCGCCGCCGCCGACCCCGCAGCCCGCGCCACCGCCGCAGCCGCCGCAGCCGCAGCCGCCCGCGCAACAACCGCAUCUUUAUUUGCAGCGAGGCGCCUGCAAGACGCCCCCGGACGGCAGCCUCAAACUCCAAGAAGGCAGCAGCGGCCACAACGCGGCCUUGCAAGUUCCCUGCUACGCCAAAGAGAGCUCCCUGGGUGAGCCGGAGUUACCACCCGACUCUGACACCGUGGGGAUGGACAGCAGCUACCUCGGUGUCAAGGAGGCUGGGGUGAAGGGGCCCCAGGACCGGGCCAGCUCCGACCUCCCCAGCCCACUGGAGAAGGCCGACUCGGAGAGCAACAAGGGCAAGAAGCGGCGGAACCGGACCACCUUCACCAGCUACCAGCUGGAGGAGCUGGAGAAGGUCUUUCAGAAGACCCACUACCCGGACGUGUACGCGCGGGAGCAGUUGGCCAUGAGGACGGACCUUACCGAGGCCCGCGUGCAGGUCUGGUUCCAGAACCGGAGGGCCAAGUGGAGGAAGAGGGAGCGUUUUGGGCAGAUGCAGCAGGUUCGAACCCACUUCUCCACUGCCUACGAGCUGCCCCUCCUUGCCCGAGCUGAGAACUACGCCCAGAUUCAGAACCCGUCCUGGAUCGGCAACAAUGGGGCUGCCUCGCCAGUGCCUGCCUGCGUGGUCCCCUGUGACCCGGUGCCUGCCUGCAUGUCCCCUCACGCGCACCCCCCCGGCUCUGGGGCCAGCACCGACUUCCUGAGUGUCUCUGGGGCUGGCAGUCACGUGGGCCAGACGCACAUGGGCAGCCUGUUCGGAGCAGCCGGCCUCAGCCCAGGCCUCAACGGCUACGAGCUCAACGGCGAGCCGGACCGCAAGACCUCGAGCAUCGCGGCCCUCCGCAUGAAGGCCAAGGAGCACAGUGCGGCCAUCUCCUGGGCCACAUGACAGGGCUCCUUCUGCCCCGUCCCUGCGCCCUCCCCACCCGGGGCCCUGGCCACGCCCGUGCUCUGCAGGCCCCCAGCCCCCACUCGACUUUCCUCUUAGGAACCUGGCCUGGGCCGGGGGCCUGACCCGCAGCACUUUCAGCCGCCCCAAGUCUGAGGCCCCGUGGACUGCGGGGAGGGAGGGCG